CAAGCCUCGGCACGUAGAGAGAGAGGACGAAGAAGUGUUGUUUUGGAGAGCCGGCCCUUUGUGAUUUUAAUCGUUAUUUUAUACAAACAUGGGACAAGAUUGGGCGUGAUAUUUGACUGCGUGAUAGAAGGAUUUUAAAUGAAACUUCUGUGAAUCAUUCUGCUACACGUACAGAGGGUGAGAGAGAGAGGCAGAGAGUGUCUUACAGUCAGACAUUGAUUCCUUCAUAUCCCAGUCUCCAUCUUGCAAAGCAACCUCUAUAUUUCUACCUGGCUUCAGUCAACCAAGAUGCUGCUUCUUUGAAUUGGUGAUCUUCUUUAAUAAUGGCUGACACUCAAGCUCACAUCCAAGAAUCAACAUGCUACAAACGAUUCUUGUGAAGAUAAACUCUGUAAGUUCUUAGUUGAUGUAAACCACAUGGUGCACCAUCGCUCGCUCAGCCUAUAAACAUUAGGCCUGAUGAACAUCAUGGCAUCGUACUGGCAUUGGAAUCUAUUCUGCCUUCUUUGUGCUGUGUUCGUUGCAUGGUUAGCUCCAACGACGACGGCAGUAAUGGAAUACUGUUCCAAAGGAAGUUUGAAGUGUACUUUGAAAAAUGCUACUAAAUAUAUGAUUCUUGAAGCAAGCAUACCAGAACUGCCAGAUUUCCCAUGUUUUAAAAAUUGUACUGCCAAUCUGACCUGCUGUGAACAAGAAACAACUACAGAAGUUCCAGCAACCACAGUUGAAGAAACAACGACUGAAUCAGCAACAACUGAAUCAACAACUCCUACUUCUACUGACACAACUACAGAAACUACAGAAACAACCACAGUUUUGGCAUCGUCUAAAGAAACAUCGACUGAAUCAGCCUUAACUCCACCUACAUCAGGUGAUGAUUCAACAACUCCCGAUUCAACAACUCUUUCUGAUAUUGAUGGACCAUUCAAAAUUACUUCAUCAACUGGAAAACUGACCAGCAGCAAUACGCCUACAACAGCAAAUAAUCCUACCCCUGAGAUAACUGGGGCAGGCACAAUUAGUGCAACACUGUCCAGUGCAGGCUCUACAGCCGAUGGACACACCACUGACUUAACGCUAAGCACCCACUCCACAGCCUCUCCGCCAAUGAGCAGUUCCGCAUCAGAUCAUAGCUUAGCAUUUACCGAAGCUUCAUCAUCAAUUGCUCUUACAUCACCGGUUUAUAACACCACAACUCAAGAGAUUUCAAACUACACAACCGGAGAAAACACAACUACGCCGAAGCCGAAACCACCGAAGCGGGAAAACCAACCAUUGAGUGCUUUGCUGAUUGUGGUCAUCGUAAUAGCAUCUCUUAUUGGCAUUUUUCUGAUCCUAGUUGUUUGUUACUGUUGCCUAAAACACUUCAAACCCUCUAGUAAAGUUGGACCUGAACAGGAUGUUCCUUUAUCCGCGACAACAGCACCAGCCGAGAAUGGGAUUGAGCUGACUGAAAAGAGACCACUCUCUAGUCCUCCUACUGGACAGCAACUUAUUCUGACGCCCCACAAGCCCGAUGAACACACAAUUGAGAAUGAGAGUGGUAGAGAUCGAUCAGUCUCUACAGGUUCUCAAGCCGGCGAUACCAUUGUCUUAAUAAAGCCUCAAGUUGUCCCAGAAGUUAAGAGGACCAAAAGGAGAAAGAAACGUGGAAGUAGAGGGGUGACAGAACUGAAGCCGUUGAGGACCAGACAACAAUCUUAUGAUUUCCAUGCUGCAGAAAACGGAACUGAAUAAGGCACUGGUGGCUAUUGGUAGCUGCCCAAAAUAAUGUAUAUACUUGGUAACGAGCAAUCAAGAGCUGUUUGAUUGUAUGAAACGACUCCCUCUGAAUCAACUAGUUUUUGAGAAGGAGGUAAUUUCUCACUCAAAUAAUAAAAGACUUCAGGC